AUGGCGGGCGAGACAGGACCCAUUUCGGUGUCACUGCCAGUCGCUAUGGUAAUCGCGGGGUUCUUCGCAAUCUCGUGUUUCAACGUCAUUGAAAUCGUCAUCCACAUAUUUAACAUCUUCAAGCGGCGCAAUGGUCUCUUCUUCUGGAGCAUGCUUGUCGCCUCGUUGGGGAUUGUGGUACACGCUGUCGCCGUUUUAUUACGCUUCUUCAAGCUGGCACCGGAUUUCGCCAUGUGCGUCGUCACAAUCAUUGGCUGGUAUGCCAUGGUAACAGGACAAGCCGUCGUCCUUUACUCCCGCCUGCAUCUCGUCGUUCGCGACGAUAGGAAAACUCGUUGGGUCCUCGUCAUGAUUGUAACAAACGUCUGCAUCCUUCACUUUCCGGUGACGGUACUUUUUCUUGGCAGCAACGCGGGCAACCCAAAACCUUUUCUCGGGCCGUUCAUCAUCUACGAAAAGAUUCAACUCACCGGCUUCUGCGUUCAGGAAUUUAUCAUUUCUGGACUCUACAUCUGGGAGGCGAUGCAUGCCCUCAAACCAGUCCUCGCGAUCAAAAGCCUGAAGCAGCGGAAGGUCAUCCGAGACCUCAUCCUUAUUAACCUUCUCGUUGUCUUUCUGGAUAUCUCCCUCCUUGUCACCGAAUACACGGACAACUUUCACAUCCAGACCACCUAUAAGACCGCCGUGUACAGCAUCAAACUCAAAAUGGAGUUCAAUAUCCUGAAUCAGCUGCUCUCCGUCCUCCAAAACCGCUUCUGUACUUGU